AUGGUUGCCCAAGAAACCCACCAGAACCCAACUGUUCUUGAAGAAAAAACCGAGCAGUUUCAAGAUCAAGAUCCAUAUGAAGCAGAGGAAACACUCUCACUUUGUGAUCUUCUCACACACAGUGACUCAGCUCAUUGGGAUGACUGCUCCAAGGAGUAUCAGAGCUCAUCCUUUGACAAUGAUGAAGACAACUUCUUUGAGUUUUUCAGCGAAGAGUUCACAGCCUCAACCUACCCAUCAUCAGGGAAGGACAUCAUCUUCUGUGGAAAACUCAUCCCCUACAAGGAAGCACCAAAAAGCUUUGAAGCAGAGAAAACCCACCACCAGGACAAGGAAAUUGCCAGCACAAAACUCAUCAGAAAAGGGUUUUUCAGGUCAUGGAGGUCCUGCUCUUUCCACAAGACAAUCAAGUCCUCCAACUCCAAAAUCUCAAAGCCAGCGCUGCAAGGCAAAGACCCUAGGAGCAUAAAUACCUGUUUGUCAUUUCCCACAUCGAAAAGUUACAGAAAGUGUCAGCUUUCUAAAGUCUCCAUACUUUCAAGCACCCCAUCGAAGUCAAAGUGGUAUCUUUUUAUGUUCGGCAUGGCGAGGUUUCCAACGGAGAUGGAGCUCAGGGACAUUAGAACAAGGCAGAGCAGGAGGAGCCCAUCAACCAUGUUUAGGUCUUGUGAUGAGGGCAGUGAUCAAAUGGAGGGGCAGAAGGGUAAUAUGGGAACGAAAAGUAGUAACAAGGCCAAGGGAUUGUGGGGGCUGCUGAGAGCUGUGGGGUGUAGGCUUAGCCAGCCAAACGCUGUCGUAAAGGCAGGCUUCCUUUAG